AUGUCGUCUACCACUCAGUCGGGCGCGUUCAAGCCACCAGCAGUGAAAACCCAGCCAACCUCCAAGCGCCGCCGAACCCAAAUAUCAGAGCAACAGGUGAGGGAGCUGGAGAUGCUCUUCGACGUCGACCCGUGGCCGUCUGCCGAGGACAAGAUUGCUCUGUCCAGGAGACUCGAGCUGAGUUUCCAGUCGGUCCAAGUGUGGUUCCAGAACCGCCGCGCGAGAGCCAAGAGGCAGGACGAGGUUUCGCAUGCACGCGUUUACAGUGUCGACUCCGACGACGACGACAACAACGACAAUGACAAUCAGUCUGACAAGGCCGUUGAAGGCCACCGCUAA